AUGUAUGCUGUCACGAUAAAGGAGAAAAGACUGAUUCAAACCAUGCCAACUACAGAACUCGAGUAUAUCGACGGAGGGUAUAAAAAUUGGUUUAAAGUUUGUAAUUUACAACCCGGUCCUGGAUCUAUUUACAAAUUUCGAUUAGGUAUUUAUGAUGGUGAAUUGAACAACCUCUAUGAAGAUUUAGAAACAGUACGGUGGAGUCCAGUUUUUAAAGUCUGCACCGAAAAUCACCCGUUCACCGUUGCACAAUUGAAUAAAGCAAUUGAAAAAGAUAAUGUUCAAUUACUUAAAGAAAUUAUUAAGACAAGACCUUCUAUCUUGGAAACUGAAGAUUCAAGCACUCUUUCACCAAUAGUUAAAGCUGUAACAUGUAACAAUCUGCCAAUUGUAAUACAUUUAUUUAAUAGUGGUUUUGUAGAUAUUGAUAGUCCCAAUAUUUUAACGGGUCGAACCACCUUAAUGGUAGCCGUUACAAAUCAAUUUAUGAAAAUUAUCAAAUAUUUAGUUGAAAAUCAUGCUGAUAUCAAUCGACAAGAUAUUAAUGGAUGUACUCCUAUACAUUAUGCAAUUGAUAUGAAUAAUUUGCUAUGUGUCAAUUAUUUAUUGGAUAAAGGAGUUAAUUUAACAAUUUCAGAUGGUUGUGGAUAUAUUCCAUUAAUGCGUGCUGUAAUUAUGGAUGCCGAUUAUAAGAUUGUUGAAAGCAUCUAUAAAAAAUGGAAAAACGCUGUAAAAAUUAAGGAUAAUAAAGGUUUAAGUUGUAUUGACCAUUCCAAGUCAAAUAAUCGAAAUGAGUUACUUCAAUUAUUUGGCGAGAAAGGCUGA